UUCACCACUGCACACAAAUAAUGUAAAUUUAAAAAAAAAUUUAAUUUACAUAUUGUUAAUGUUAUUAUAUUAUCUUUCAGAGGAACCACUUGCUGUUUGGCAGCAUGUGGUCAACUGUUCAAGGUAGGCAUCGUGUCCCACAGCGUAGUCAUUCAUUAAGAGCGGCUAGUACACAUUCACAUGCCAAAGUAUCACCUUCUAAUUCCCUUGAUAUUUCCCCAUUUCAUGCUUCUUCUCCAAAGCGUUACACUAUCAGUCAUAUCAGAUUCAUAAAAGGUAACCUUUGUAGUACUACUCCAGGUCCAUCUCCACUCAUUGGUCGAAAAGGAAGUAAAUCAAGUUCAUUAUCUGUUGAUGAUGUUUAUUUGUAUCGUCGACAAACUCAAAAUAUCUCUGGUUCUCCUAGCCAUCGUUCUCAUUUUCAUGGUGAAGUGUGUAGUAGUUAUGAUGCCAGUUCUUGUUGUGAUGAUGAUGAUGAACAAGGGAAUUGUAAUAUUUGUAGUGAAACCAUUCCACUCCAGCUAUUACAUCAAACAGCUGAUACAAGUUACUCAAGUUCAACAAGUCCAAUUAAUCUUUCAAAUGCUGAAAAUUUAAAUAAUCAUGGGAAAUUGAAAUUUGGUGGAAAAUCAGAGACAUAUAUUUGUACAAAUUUAUCUAUUGAUGAUUCAGAAGAUCAGGAUAGACCGAAACCACCAACACCACCUCCCAGAAAGUUUAUUAAUAGGAGUGGUGUGGGUUCAUUUCGUCUUCCCUGUCUCUCUAAACAGGAUAGUCAUGAACAGCCAAUUUUAACUCAAGGAAACUCUACACCAAGCAUGAAUCAUAUUGCAGCAUCUUUAAGACUAGCUCAAUUACCAGCAAUGGCUGUUGCUGGUAUACCAACGGGCAGUCACAGUCUAUCACAGAGGACUUUGAAUGAAUGUGGUAGUCAUUUUGUACCUGAACAUAGAGCUUCUUAUCAUGGCACAAGAGAGCUAAAGCAUUAUUCAAAUAAAAUUUCAACAAUUGAUCUGCCAUAUGAAGAAAUUGUUGGAAGUGCAGAAAGUUUGGUUGGAAGAGUCCUUUAUGAACAAGGUUUGGGCAAAUACUGUGAUGCAGAUUUUGUGCGUACAGCACAGCGAGAAUUAGCAGAAGCAAUCAAUCUCACUCAAGAAGAAAUGGAUAGAGCUGCCCAUCAACUUCUUGAAGCAGAACGACGUCGGAGUAUGCCUUAUAUGCAUUUAUGUACAGGCGUGAAUUAUGCUGAUGAAGAAAGCAGUAGUGGAAGCCCAAGUGCAGAAGAUGAAAAACUUAAUACCACUACAGACAGUGACAAUGUUUUAGAACAAGACAAUGAAAAAGAAACAUGUGUUAGUGAAACUGAAAUUUCAAAAAGUUUAGAUCAAACUAUGGAUCUCAGUACAAGAUUAUAGCAUUUGAGGAUUUGUAUUCACAGAUUCAUCCACAAGUCACAAUGUGUUCAGUGCCUUUUAUAUCAGCAGACUUACACACAACCAUAAGAACAAAAGUUUCCUUAAUUAACCAACUAUUGAGAGAGUCACUCAGGAAAGAAGAAUAAGAUAUCCCACAAAACAGCACACACAAGUGCCAAAUCUUCUAAAUUGUUGUGUGCGUCACCCUCUUCUAUUUAUAUUAAAUAAAUAUACCUAAAACAUUUUUUAACCAUUCAUUGGAAUUGCAGAAAGAUAGAAAAGAAAUUACUAUUGAAUAUUGUAUAAAGUUCUUUAUACAAUCAGUAUUUAAAAUGAAAAACUUAUUGAGAUUUGCUUAAAAAUUUCAUAUUCGUUGGACCAAGUUAUUUGAGUUAGUCCAAGUUUUGUGCCUCACACAGUCACCAAAGAAACUCUUCUGUUUUCAGAAAUGCAGUCAGAAGCUUGUUGUCUUCCCCAGAAUAUUGAUGUUAAAAUUUGUUUGAAACAAAAGAAGAAAGAAAAUAUUUCAGUUAUUUGUGCAUCAAAGUGUUCUAUAGCUAAAUUGAAAGUCUGCUAAUAUACGAUCGAAAAUUGUUGCCUAUUAAAAAAAAUUUUUAAAAAGAUUUCCACAUUUAAAAUUUAUUGAUACAAUAGAUGGCUACUAUCUCAAAGAACUUUUUAAUACAUUAAUAAACUGUAUUUUGGAAAUUUCUUAUGCAUUUUUAUGUGGACCAAUCGUAAGUUGUUAUCAUCGUUUUACGUUUUAGAAUUAUAAUAAUUUUGUUUCUUUUUGUUAUUAAUUUAAACUAAACAAUACC